GACUUUAACAGGUCGAAUUUUGUCAAAAUUAGGCACGAGGUAACGUCAUUUUUCUCUUAAUAAGCCAUCGUUUGAUCCUGACCAGCCUAUACAGUACCUCCUUCACCUGCACACAGGUAAUAGAGGAGUUCAAAAAUAGUUGACUGCAGAUCAAGUUAAAGAUGCAGAAAGAGGGACUGAAUGUAGAGACUGCAGAUUACCUCACCUCACUCCUUCAGAGGUAUGAUGCUACAGAGGGUGGGCUCCCCCCACAAGCAAUUCUCCCACCUAUACCAGUACCAGUUCAGAGAGAAAAUCCAGGCCCACCAUCUCCAAAUGAGUUUCUUGUGCCAGCUGUGAUUCUUUGGGAUCCUUUAAGCCAAGUCCCCAGCUUGAAAGAGCUAGCAUGCCCACAUGAAAUCCAUGAUAGUGAAGUUUGUCCAUUAAGAGCCCAUACCAGCAACAAGAACAAUUAUGGGCGGUGGAAGGCUUCUAGAGGAACUCAAGACAUUCCAAGAGCCCUUUAUUGCUGUGAUGGUAACACGCUUUUGGUGAGUCGUCUGUACACUUGCAAGAAAGGUCACAAGAUCAUUUCUCAUGAUCCACGACUCAUGGAGAACAUCCCACCAACAUUUCAAAUCCCAUUCUACCUGUUACACAGAACAGGUUUCACCCAUGAGUUAGCCACCUGGGUGCAUUCAUGUGUAUUUGCUGGCAUGUCAUUUCAUGAAAUUGAAGAAGUUCUGACACAGAGGCAUCGUGAUGCAUACGAGGAGCGUAAAUGCAAAUAUGAUGCAGCAGUUAAGGCCUAUCGUGAAAGUAAUCCUGAUGAUCACUCUGAAAUAGGAACAUUUCCAGAAUUCAAGACUUCACAGGUGCCAUCACUUGAGACCACCAUGUCAAGCAUUGUGCACAUGUUUGAAGGUAAUGAGCUCUUCUAUAUACAGAGGAUGAGUGAAUGGCCAGCCAAACGCAUUACUGCUGGAUACUACUUCAAGGUGGCCACAACAAUUGGAGAAAAACUAGAAACAGCUGGCAAAUGGAUCACACAUUUUAAAAACAUGUAUACUGUCAUGAAUGAGAAAGGUCAAAUCAUUGCCUGGAAGUUUACCAAAGAGAGGGAUCUGAGCGAAGUGAAAGACAUCUUAAUUGGGUUGCAGCAACGUUUCCUGAUGCAAGGCAGACAGCUAGAAAUGAUUCUUGUGCCAGAGUGUUGUGAAACGCGAGACCAGUUUCAUGAAAUAUUUGGUGCAGAUGUCCCUGUCAAAUUGGAACUUUCUAAAGCUGUUCAUCGAGUUGUCAGGAAAAUCCCUGCAAAGAAAAGAGAAGAGCAUCAACUGACUAAAGCAUGUGUUCGCGACUUUGCCCUGGCCUUACGUUUUCCAACAGACCGGGGUGACGUUCGCCAUCAGCAAACUCCUCCACCCGAGGUUGUCACUGAAAACCUUGAUGCUUUUGUGGAGGGCUGGAAGGACAUCAUUGAAGGGAAUGAGCGCAUCUUAACUCUGGCAGCUCAGAGGCAGAUCAUGCAGCUACGAACUCAUGUGGAAGAAGGAUGUUUGUCUGAGAUUCCACCCUCUCAGGGAAGUGAAAAUGUUGAUGAGCUGCACAGCAUCUUAAAACCUGUGUUGGAAAGGAAAUUCCUAAAUGCUGACAUGGCCCUAGCUCUUAUUUCAACACUUCUGUAUGUGUGGAAUGAAAGGAGAGCAAAUCAGCUUCCCAAAGGAGCCCUGGUGCGGCCAAUCUCAAAGUACCGAGGUACUUUAGAAGUCAGUGGAUUCUCACCAAGUGCAGAAAGAUUUGGGAUUGUGAAGAGUGAUGAAAAUGAUGGAAAUGAUGUCACCUCCUCAGCCAAUUAUUCAUUUGAUGUUCUUGCUCUGCAAUGUCUGAUACUGGAUUCCUUUGGUGGAAAUAAAGAGCCAGAGAUAGAGCAAAGAGGUACUGACAAUGGCCUAACCCAGAGCAUCCUUAAGAAAGUAAUUGCCAGAGCUUCAAAUCUUUUUUCAGUGUGGGAGAUCCUCAAGACACAGGCUGUGCAUGAAGUGUCACUCAACCCUCGACUGAUGCACCUGAUGGCUUGUUCUUUGAUCCUGUUCAGUCGUAACGAAUGUGCAAUUGAUGACAGAGCAAACCAUGAAGUACGUCUAAAUGAAACACUGCGAUAUUAUCAGUUGAUGGUCUUCUCAGAAAAGAAGGAUACCACUGAGGCAGAUGGAUUUUUCACAGCAGUCAGUUCAGGUCUUAACUCCAUUCUGAGAAGUGAUUUGCCAGAAACUGAAUCAGUUAAGCAGCAUCUUGCUUCCAUUGGAUACAAUACUCAUGUGGGCAGCAGUUUAGAAGAGAAUGUCUCUGUUCUGCGACAGCUUAUUAGCGAUGAGUGGCUCGCAUGUGAAGAAGAGUAUAGUAAACUACUGGUUUCGCACAUGAUCAGCUUUUCUGAAGAAGCCCAAGCAUUUAGAGAUAGAGGAUACUUCAAAGCUGAGAUGUCCAAUCUCCUGCCAAUUGCUGCAGCAAAGGUUUUAAAAGUGCCAGUCAUAGUCUUCACCUCCCUACAGCAGUUUCCUAUUGUCCCAGUGGUGCCAUCAGAUGCCAUCAUCAUUGGUUCUUGUGUGCAUGUUGCUUACAAUGCAGCUGGUUUUGGAGGGUUUUAUGAUGUUGGCACUUACGUUAGCAACUCCAUUGUGCUACCAAAGCUGAUGACUGAUCCUUUGGAGAGGCGCAGGGAUAGCAGGAAGCGUUACAGGGAGAAGAUGGCUUUGAUGAAAAUUAAUCAGCCAGCGAAAAAGAAAGGAAAGAAGCCAAAAAUAACUAGUUCUCAAAACAACAACCAGAAGGAAAAUGAAACACCAGCAGAUCCAAAUGAUUCUGUUGCUUCACAGCCAAGUGAGGAUGUAGAUGGCUCUGCAGCUGAUGGUUUGGAACAAGAGACAUCCGUUGAUACACCAGUUGAAAACACAGGUGAGGAGACUUCACUGGAUACAUCUGGGUUGGAGAAUGCUACAGAUGAAGGGGUAGAAGCUGCUGCCAACCUCAUUGAAAUGGCAUACAGUGAGGCUGGAGUCAGUGAGGAAACCAUGGAAGAGGCUGUUGUAGAUAGCGUUAUUAAAGAUGACAUCUUACCAGCUAUGGAAACAGGUGCCAAUGAGGACCAGACAGUUCCAUUGCAGAGUGCAGACCCUCAAGAGGACCAGGCUGUCAUGGAUGACGGUGAAACAACAACUGAAGUGAUAUCUGAGGAAGGGCCAGUCAAAGAAGUUGUUACUGAAGAUGCAGCUACCAAAGCUUUAGCAGAGGAUGCAGUCAGUCCACCAGUUAAUGGUGAAAUCCAACCAGAUCAUGCUGAAAGAGGAACACCUGCAUCUGAGGGAGCUGUUGAAGUUGCUAACAAGUCUGAAAUCGUGAUUAGACCCACAUCUAGCAGCAAGGUCUCUGUCCAGGGCACAGAAGUGGUUGUGACCAUUCAAGAGGGUGUGAACAUCCAGAAGCAGACCUACUCCUGUAGCUGUGGCAGAGGAAGUGGAAAGAAUGUAAAGCGCACUCAGUUCUGCUUGACUCUAGAAGGUGGCUACCUGACACGCUGUGCCUGCUAUAGGAAUGCAUCUGGUUGUUCUCACAGAUGUCGUUGUUACCUUUGCUGCAAUCCAUAUGGCACUGCUGAGGCUGCAAGGGCUACCAAGCCACCUCGCCAGGUCCGGCGUUUCCGACCAAGACACAAAGUACAGGUGAUCAAGAGUCGUUUUCCAAGUCUCACGUUCACCAGCACAAUUCCCAAAAGCGAGGGCAUCCAAGCAGGAUCCAAGUGGCUGGAGGUUGACUGCAUGGCAUUUGAGUGCCUCAUAGCAGCCAUGAGUCAUGCUGGAUUGGACCUGACUCCAGAGAAAAUUGCAGUAGAGUUUGAGAGGCUUUGUAACAUGUCUAAAGAUGAUGGAGGCAUCCUGGGGAAUGCUAUACAGUCAAAAACAAUUGUUGACAUAACUCAGCAGCUAGAGGUUGUGCAAAGGAAUAUCCGCACAUUUGAAAACUUGUACAAAAAACAAACUGAACUGAAUUGGUUUCAAGGGAUGGAAGUGGUGUUCUCAACAGAAGUGGUUGUGUCUUCAUAGCUCAGAGAAAAGCCAAAGCAACGUCAGCAGAUUGUGUUAAGAUUAGGAAGGAUGUGUUUGAGUAUUUAGUGACAGACUGGAACAUUUAAAAGGAGAGUACAUUUUAAUUUUGUAGUUACUGAAGGCGUGAGGGAAGGGGCGUAUCCUUGCAGAUUACUAUAUCGGAGUGCCUUUCUGGUUGCCUUUCACACAAUCAAUUUGGAGUGUAGGUGGUCAGGGUUUAGACCAAAGGGUAGAGUCCCAUACUAACUUUUCCUAGACACCCAAUCCAUUCCCUCUCCCCCCCCCCCCCAAAAAAAAAAAAAGGUUCACCAAGGGUUUGUUCAACCAUCUGAUUUGCACUGCAUAUUACUGGAGGGUAUUCACACUGUUGCUAUAUUUUAGUAACUUUAAGUCUGAUACAUUCAACAAUUUAGAGUGAUGCCACAGACAAGGUCAUAAAAGUGCUCAGAAUAUUACUCAAUUGAAACUACUCUAAUUUCAACUGUUAUCAAUUUUCCUAUACAUAAUUAUUGUCACAACUAUUACAAAUAUUAAUACAGUUUCUAACUAAGUGAACAGUUUGGCUUACAGCAGUUGCUGAAUGUUAAGACCAAGUAAAGUUACCAAACGUUUUAGGCAAUUUUCAGUGAGCUUAAUUUUGUUGAGCUCAAGAAAAAUUUCAUGAAUUUAACAUGGUUUGGCUUUGUCAUGAUUGUAGUUACUCUGCAAAAUUGUGGCAUUGUAUUGUGACCAAAAGUGUGGGUGUCAGUGAGUGAUAGAGGAUUAUAUUUCAUGUGCAUUUUAAUGGUUUGAAACAUUUUUGAUUAUCACUCUUUGUUAGUUUAAGAGUGUAAAGAUACUGAAUCAACAUUUGUAAUCAUCCAAAGGCAUGUUUUUUACUUCUAUUUAUGACAGCUAUGCUCCAGCAGAGCAUGGGUGACACAGAUUGCUAACUUUUCCCCCUAACUGACUUCACUUUUCAAGUCCAACUUUAUGGGCUUGGCACCCUUGAAUUCCAAGACAAGGGCCUUCAGGCACUCAUUGAUUCAUCUAAUAUAACAGCUUUAAGAUAAUUAAUGUUAAUUUUGCAUUACAUUAUGAAAGUUCAUUACAGUGAUCAAUUUGCUCACUGAAGUGGGUACUAAAUGGGUAAUAUUUCAAUCUCUUUAAGUUUACAUGAAAUUUCACUUAUUUUUAAAAGACGUUAUGUAUUUGAUAAGAGUGUGAAAAUCUUAAGAUUCUCAUAAUUAGAAGUUUGACUUAAAAUGUGCCAUUUGUUCCUUAACUUAGAUUAUUGUUUACAAUCACAAUCAAAUAUUUAACCCCUUCAACUCCUAUAUUUGACCAAGACAGAUUUUUCCCUCACAAUAUCAAAACAAAAUCAACCAAACAAAUGAUGGGAAUAAAAAAAUAUAUCAUUCAGUUAGUUGAUCCAAUAUUAAAUUCUCUAAUAAGAAUUCAGUUAGUUGAUCCAAAAAUAUCAAUCAGUUGGUUGAUCCAAUAUCAAAUUCUCACAACUAACAUCAUAAGAAUUGUAUGGCAGACAGUAAGGAGAAUUGCUAAUGAGAUCUUAGGAGUUAAAAGGGUUAAGGAGAACAAUUGUGUCAGUUGUUAAGAUGAUUUUAAGAGAUUCCUGCUAGCUUUGGAUAGCAAAAACUUUUGUCCUCAACAAUGUUACCAUACCGUGGUGAUCUCUAGCAUGCAAAAACUUAUAUGCUUUGGUGAAGUGGUCAUAUUGUGUUGUAUUUUUCAAUAUUACUCUCAGUGGCAGAUCCAGGCCUUGAGCCAGGGGUGGUUUUUUUUGUAUGUGUACACCUGCUAGCUUUACUUCCUUCUGUGUGUUUAUUUUUUUACCCAAAAUAAUAGGGUGCCAGCCCCCCCUGCUGCUUCUCCUCUAGAUCUUCCACUGACUCUUUUCUGCUAAGAAUGACUACUCAUUCUAGUUUUUAUGUAGUCUUUAAGAGUUCAGUUGACAUAAAAAUAUGAUUAAAUUAAAUGAAAAAGAAAAUAUUCCCAAGGUUUUCACUUUAUAUUUCUUCAUUCCAUUAGACCCAAAUCUUAUUUGAACUGAUUUUGAGGAUUGUAUAUCCCUAUUCACAAUGUUAAACAAUACAUUAUACUACA